AUGGACAGUGGCCAGCAACUUCCAGCUAAAGAGGUUUUAUGGGUGACAGAAGCCCUACGGUAUGAGCUGUGGGUACUCAGGACCUUUCAGGAGGAGGCGAUAAACCUGCCGAAAGGUGGCACAAUGUGCAGUGGCUACGCUGUUGGCUGGCUGCUCAAAUUAAAUUUUAAUAGAACUUUUAAAAAUAAUUUCAGCGUAAACCACAAUGUCCGUCACCCAGUCAUCUGUGUCAACAACCAUGUCUUCUGUUCCAUUUGUAUUGAAGUGUGGCUGAAGAACAAUAAUCAGUGUCCAGCUUGCAGGAUUCCCAUCACGCCUGAAAAUCCUUGCAAGGAAAUUAUAGGAGGAACGAGUGAAAGUGAUACUAUAUUUAGUCCGACAGUCAGAAAACACCUACGUAAAACAAGGCUUGAAUUGCUCCACAAAGAAUACGAGGAUGAAAUAGAAUCCCUGCAAAAAGAAGUGGAAGAUCUGAGAGGUAAAAAUCUCAGUUUGCAGACACAGCUGAAAUCUCUUCUGGAUCCUACAGCAUCAGCUUUGUCUUGCCAAAAUGAGGAAACUAGCCGGUCAGCAGAUGAAGCAAGUAAGAGCGGCCCAGAAACCCCAGAGGAAUGGAGCAAAAAGCUGAAAGCUGCCAAUGAUAUAUAUGAAAAAGUGAUGGAUAAUGUGGAAAAGUUAAAGGAGGCAAAUAAGAAACUGAGCAUGGAAAACAAUAGCCUUUUAAGAGAGAAUUUGCGACUAAAAGCUGAAGUUGAUAGUAGAUCACCCCAAAAGUUUGGUAGGUUUACAGUAGCUGCACUUGAGUCCAAAGUAGAACAAAGUGAACGCGAAAUGAACCGUCUAAAAAAGGCACUGGAAAGAAGUGAUAAAUACAUAGAAGAAAUGGAGUGUCAGCUUUUACAGCUGAAAAACGCAGGCGAAGGAACCCAGACAGUGAGUGCUGUUAGUGAGAGAGUGCUUUCCACAGAUGCUAAAGGAGCUGAGAGCAGUGAAGAUACAACAUGUUUGAAAACCCAAGCUGAGGAGAAAAAAGCUUUGACUACUAGUCAAAGUCCUGACAGUCUUGAACAGCUGACAAGUGGUGGAACCUGUUUAAGCUCUUCGAGUCAAGAUGGUUCAAAUGGCUCAAAUACCCAGUGUGCCCCAAAGAAAGAACUAUUUCCAGGGUGUCAGGGGGUUCUCCUGGAUGAAAAUACUACAAAUAUGGAUGCCUGCUUAGAAGAGCAGUGGAAUAAAAUUGAGGAAUGUACCCCGUAUAAGGAUGAAGAACUUUAUGAUCUUCCACCACCGUGUACUCCUUUUCUGUCUCUCAGUCGCCUUCAGUUGAACACCCCUGAUGGAAAAGAAAAUGCAAGGAAACCAUCAACGUUCCUGAGAAAACUGAAAUUUGAAGAGUUUUGUGACACUUCAGAUGAUUGCAGCAAAGAUUCUCCAGAGCACAGCACAAGCAGCUGCAAUAGCGAAAAGAAACUGAGCUGUUUUACUACAGGAAAAUCAGGCUUUUGGGGGACCUGCCCAACAAAUUUUGCUGAGAACUUAGAUUUUGAUGAAUCAGAGCAAAAUUCAGUAGCUGGUCAGUCAGAUGAGACAUCAGCAAAGUCCAGUGAUAAUUUUUAAAUGAAUCGCACAAGAACCUCCAGCGAGGCAUCUAUGGAUGCUGCUUACCUCGAUAAAAUUUCCGAGUUGGACUCAAUGAUGUCCGAAUCAGACAACAGCAAGAGUCCCUGCUAUAAUUUCAAGUCCUCCGAUCUUGAUAAUUCUUCAAAGUCAACAGAGUGCUCAAAGCUUCUGAAUGAAACUGAGAAGAAACUGGAAGAGAUGAACGAGGAACAGAGUAUGAAGUGUCCAGAGACAAGUAAUCUAGCAGCUGACAGAACUGGCUGGAAACCAGCUAUGUUUUCCAUCCUCUCCCCAUCUGAGCCAGAUACGAAUGACCACUUUCCGCUGUUUACAGGCCAAAACGUAGCGGCUAGUGAUAUCAAAUCUCCGAACUGUUUGUUUCAAAGAGACUUUUCCCAGAGUUUACUAUUCAGUAACUCACAAAGGUUGUUUGAAGAACAAAAGUUCGGUUCCUGCUUUUUAAAGACGUCAUCUGACCUGCACAAUCAGCUUAAUCCUCCUUGGGUGUCUUCCUUUAUAGCUGAAAGGAAAAACAAAAAUGCCAGUCAAUCGACCAAGAGGAAAAUUCAAAGCAGCCUUUCCAGUGCUAGUCCGUCAAAAACCACCAAAAACUGACUCUGCUUGGAAAUCGAACGUGACUCAGUCAUCAACCUGCAAAUGUUUAAUAUUUACAGGUGAACUUAAUUUUUAAUGACUUCCAUGCAAUCUGAUCCUGUCUUUUUCGACUGUGUGAGAACUGAACAUUCCCUUGCCUGUUACAGGCUCUUUCCUAGGGAAGAACCAUUCCAGAUUCUUUUCUUUGGCUGGGCAUUUUGUUUACUUGGGUGGUUUGGGUGUCUUCUUUAAGUUUUCAGGUUAUGUGAUCUUCCAGGGCUCACUUGAACAGGAGAGUUUUAAGUGGUUUUGUCAAAUCAGUCAUUUGUGUAAGAAUAUUUUUUAAAGGUUACGUUUCCCAUUCCUAAAGAUUAUGUUUUGUGCAUGUAAGGCAGCUACUGGCUUAUGUAUCCUAUGGAUUCAUGAAAUUGCUAUAAAACAAUGUCAGUUUUGCCAUAAAACUUGCCUCCCAGAGGAAAUGUUGCUGCUUGGCUGUUUCAUAGCACUGUACUGUACUGAAACUCUUGUUUUUAAGUGGGUAUAAAGUGGCAGCCUCUUUCUUUUCAGGA